AUGCCAGAAGAGUACAAGUUCAACAAGGCCGUGUCGUUGGAUGUUUUCAUCGUCAAGGACUCCUUGAACAAGAAGUAUAAGGUGAUGUCCUUGGUGGACCUUGGAACUCUCUUCCAUGCAGCUGUGAUAGUUGGCGAAGGAGGAGGACCCCCGAGCUCCUCGGAUAUGGCAAGGGCAAUGCAAAUGGUCUGGCUUUCAUGGGCUGGACCACCAGAAUCCAUUGUCUUGGACCGAGGACUCGAGAACCGAGGACAACUACAGAAGCUGAUGACCGCACACGGCGUGCUCCUGCGAUACAUUGGGGUAGAGAGCCCCUUCCAGCUCGGCAGGGGAGAAAGACAUGGCGGAAUCCUCAAGGAAGUGAUCAAGGCCCUGGUCACCUCUCGCCAACUACGGGGACGUCAAAACAUGGAAUUUGCCGUGACCGAGUCCGUGGGCAUCAAGAACCACCGAGUAAACCACAACGGCUUCUCUCCCAGCCAAUGGGUGCUGGGGCGGAACCCACCGGACUUGGAGUCUCUUACUACCCUGAUGCCGGAGGCCAAGCUUGGCAUCCAUCAGGAAAUUCUUGAUGGAGAAACCAGUUUUGCCCAGCAGAUGAUGAUACGUGGAGCGGCCAAGGAAGCCUUUUCUCAAGUGGACAGCUCCCAGCGCAUUCGAGACGCCGGCAAGUUCGAGAACGACGACCCCUUCGUGGACGACUUGAUUGGAGUAGGAAGUGUGGCCGAGAAUCAGCAACAAGGAUUCUUCGACCUCCACGACCACCCGAGCGACUACUCACCCUCAAUGCCACCUGAGGCAGGGACGGAUGGACAGGAGAUACAUGGACUUCAUCCACCACCACCUGGACUCUUACCUGGACCACCGAAUGCCAUC